AUGAGUGGACCACCUAUGAGCAGCGGCCACACAAAUGGGCAUACCGAUACACAAUCUUUCCUAGGGGGUCUGGAGAGCCAGCUAGAAGGCUUUCGCAGAUCCGACGCCGAGCGCGAUGCCUUAGUUCAGGAAGUUAUUCAUAAAUACGCCGAGUUGCAGCAGCAGUACCAUAACAAAUCGGAAGACUAUGAAAAUGAGCUCGCGUCUCGUCGAAUGUGGCAAGCACAGGCUCGUAACUUCGAGCGAUCCCUGCAGACCACGAAUAUGGGUCUUGAAGCAAACGGCUUUGUCCUAGCUUUGAUUGAUGGAGACGGAGCUAUUUUCCAUGACUAUCUCUACAAGGCUGGUAUGGAUGGUGGUGCUGAUGCCGCUCAAGAGCUGUACACGCAAAUCAGGACUCACGUUGCGGAAUGUUAUCCCGAUCGCAACACCUCGGGUUACGACAUCAUGGUCCAGAUCUUCUACAACAUGGAGGGAUUGAGUCACAAGCUGAAGAGUCUGGGUGUUUUCAAGAAUCCUAAUGAGAUGGCACCCUUCGCUCGAGCUUUUUCGCUUAACAAAUCUCUGUUCAGCUUCAUCGACGUCGGUAGUGGCAAAGAAAGGGCAGAUCACAAAGUUAGAGAAACACUGCGCUUGUUCCUACCCAACAUGCAGUGCAAGCAUGUAAUCUUUGGAGGAUGCCACGAUAAUGGUUAUCUGCCUACCCUCGACCCUUACAAGCGGGACCAGAACACGGCCCCUCGUAUCAGUCUACUAGAAACACUACCCAUACAGCCCGGCUUCACACAGCUCGGUUUCAAGGUCGUACAGUUCCCUACGGUCUUUAGGUCCGAUCCACUGCCAGAUAGGCAAUCUUUCGCGUCUCCUGUGGUCCAGAACGCAGCCGCAUUCCAACCGAAACCUGUGCUGCCUACUCGAACUAAUUCUGCUGCGACUGGCGGUGUUUCAGUCAGCCCUGCGGCUACACCUGUACUCGCACAGGCAGCCGCCGUCAAAACUGUCACGCCCCAGUCGUCCAGCGAUACAACCGGAGGCGCCUCUUCAUGGGCAACCGUAGGCAAAGGCGCACCCAAAACAAUCAAUGUCGCGACCAAAAAGGCACCUGCCCGCAAGUGCAUCCUUCUGAACGCCUUCGAUGAACGCAUCGACGCUGUUCUCCCACGUACCGAUCAAGCAGCUGCCGCCCGUCUCAGCGAGCGUGUUCGCAACAAGAAGGUCUGCAACAACUACCAUCUCAAUGGCAAGUGCGAAGCUGGAAAAUACUGCGAUUACGACCACGGUGAGCGUCUGAGUCCUGGUGAGCAGUUGGUGCUCAAGCAUCGUGCUCGUACUAGAAGUUGUCCAGACCGUGGCGCUUGUAGGGACUUUGACUGCACUAAUGGCCACGUUUGUCCAUACGGGCAAGAGUGCUACAACGAUAAAUGUUGGUUCGAGGAGGUUCACGACGUUGACACGAAAGUCAUAUCCAGGUUAUUUGAGGACGGAGAACAGGAGUGGAUUCUGAAGUAA